GUAAUCUCACGAAAUAUGCAGUCGUUCGGCUGGCAAACCUUCAAGCGCAUCGGAGCAUCACUCACCAUGAGUCGUGCCUACCGUAUCAUCCUCGUCUUCUCCAUCGUCAUUCAGCUAUCGGCGUUCUUCAUUGUCGCUACUGUAUCGUUGUGGAUUGACCAAAUCUAUAACGGGGAUAUUGCUCGCCUCACAACGGAGUCAAAGACUUUCCGUGCCAUCGACAUGUACGUCGCUUCCUUGCUUGAUACUACUUGUGUUAAUGUUGAAUUUGCCGCAGCACGAUCCUAAUCCUGAUGCUUCCCUGGUUGACCGUCGUAAGUGAUCAUGCAGCUACUGCU